AUUGAAGGCUGUUCCCGCCGACUGGGCUGCGCAGAAACAAAGAGGAGCGUCGACCUGAGCCCCCCCAGCCCCCAAGUCGUUUCCAAAAUGAUGUCAGGGAAGCAUUUCAAGGCUCAGGAAGUGAGCUGCUGCAUCAAGUACUUCAUCUUCGGGUUCAACAUCAUUUUCUGGUUCCUCGGAUUGACGUUUCUCGGUAUCGGGCUCUGGGCGUGGAGCGAAAAGGGCGUCCUCUCCAACAUCUCGUCCAUCACUGACCUGGGGGGCUUCGACCCCGUGUGGCUCUUCCUCGUGGUGGGCGGCGUCAUGUUCAUCCUCGGGUUCGCUGGCUGCAUCGGAGCGCUGCGAGAGAACUCUUUCCUGCUAAAGUUUUUCUCCGUGUUCCUGGGUAUCAUCUUCUUCCUGGAGCUGACCGCAGGAGUUCUGGCCUUUGUUUUCAAAGACUGGAUCAAGGACCAGCUCAACUCUUUCAUUAACAACAACAUCCGGGCCUACAGAGAUGACAUCGAUCUGCAAAACCUCAUAGACUUCACCCAGGAAUAUUGGGAGUGCUGUGGAGCCUUCGGUGCUGACGACUGGAAUUUGAACAUCUACUUUAACUGCACCGAUUCAAACCCGAGUCGUGAGAAAUGUGGCGUGCCCUUUUCCUGCUGCACCAAAGAUCCCGCGGAGGACGUCAUUAACACUCAGUGUGGAUACGAUAUCCGGGCGAAAACGGACGCCGAGCAGAGAACCUACAUCUACAUCAAAGGCUGCGUCCCUCAGUUUGAGAAGUGGCUUCAAGACAACCUGACCGUGGUGGCCGGCAUCUUUAUUGGAAUCGCACUGUUGCAGAUUUUUGGGAUCUGUUUGGCUCAAAAUCUUGUGAGCGACAUUGAAGCUGUGAGAGAAAGUUGGUAA